GACGUCAAACGGGCAAUGUUUACAUUCUGUUGGCAGGAUUUUCCCCUUAUCUUCACAACCACGGAAUUAAUCCGCAACAGUAGAUUGGAUUUGGGGCAAAAAACGAAUCUAAAUAAAUACAGACAAGAUGGUUGAACCGACAGAGCAUCUGCUGGCUCUAAAAGUGAUGCGCCUCACACGGCCCACCUUGAUCAGCCCCCAGAUACUGACGGCCGAACCGAAAGAUGUACCGCAGUACUCGUUCCAGAAGAUCCUCCAUAGCGAUGCGACAUCGGUGGCGGGCUGUGAGACGAUUGCAGCCGGCCAGUUUAUGCUGCUGCCGCAAAGCUUCGGCAACAUCUAUCUCGGCGAAACGUUCUCGAGCUACGUGUGCGUGCACAACUGUCGGGCCCAUCCCGUCACGAACGUUUCGGUGAAGGCGGAUUUGCAGUCCAACAAUAGUCGCGUUAGUCUGCCGAUCCACGCGGACAAAACGGGCCCAGUGACGCUGAACCCGGAGGAAACGCUCGAUGACGUUAUUCACCACGAGGUGAAGGAAAUCGGAACGCACAUCUUGGUUUGUGAAGUUUCGUACAUGACGCCGGCCGGGCUGGAGACGUCCUUUCGCAAGUUUUUCAAAUUCCAAGUCGUCAAACCACUGGAUGUAAAGACCAAGUUCUACAACGCGGAAACGGACGACGUGUAUCUGGAGGCACAGAUACAGAACAUUACCGUCGGGCCGAUCUGUCUCGAGAAGGUCGAGCUGGAAAGCUCGGAACAGUACACGGUCGUGUCGCUCAACACACUCCCGUCCGGCGAGUCGGUGUUCUCGUCCAAAACGAUGCUGCAGCCGCAGAACAGCUGCCAGUUUCUGUACUGCAUCCGGCCGAUACCGGAAAUUGCACGCGACCCGAGCGCCCUGAAGGCGGCCAACAAUAUUGGCAAGCUGGACAUUGUGUGGCGCUCGAAUUUGGGAGAGCGGGGACGUUUGCAGACCAGCCAGCUGCAACGCUGUGCCCUGGAGUACAGUGACCUUCGGUUGAACGUGAUCGAAGCGAACAGUACGGUUCGGAUCGGGGAAGGGUUCGACUUUCGCUGUCGGGUGACGAACACCAGCGAACGGUCGAUGGAUCUGCUGAUGAGCCUCAACACGAAGGCCAAACCGGGCUGCGGGUACACUGGCGUGACGGAGUUUGCGCUCGGCCCCCUGGAACCGGGCCAGAUGAAGGAGUUCCCGCUGACCGUCUGCCCGGUGCGGUUGGGGUUGAUCGUGAUUUCCGCGCUGCAGCUGACGGACGUUUUUACGAAGCGCAAGUACGAGUUUGACAACUUCCUGCAGGUGUUUGUGGUGGACGAGGACUAUCGGGAGGAUAGCUUCCAGCUGGACAAGUACGUCCGCUACAGUAGCGGCACCAAAAACAUUCCCCAAACCGUGUAAGCAAAGCCAGGCACCAUCGCCAAGCGAAUACAGUAUAAACACAGCUCUAUUUACUCCGAUCGACGACGCGUGGAAGUGUGUGAACUUUCGAAUGGCUCGCGAUGUCACCUAUUUAUUUAAAAAAAGAAAAAUCUAGACAACAACAUGCAACCAA